GCGUGCUGUUGUGCAGGCGUAAAUGGUGAUGAUAUUAAAUAUCGCGCAAGCUCCAAGAUGCGGUGGAUGGAGGUGAUGCGGUAGCCGUGGUAAGGAAGCUUGGGCGACCAGGUGCUGGCCAGUCGUACGGGAGGGCGCCCAGAAACCCAAAGUACGACGCGACCCAAGGAGGGAAAAAAAAGCACUUGCUCUCUCAAUGGAUUGGGGAAAAUACGGUCAAGUGCGAGUGACUUGGGUUUUGCAGUGAUGCGCAGCAGAAGGGAGGUACUCACUGUUGUGAAGGAGUUAUGUGUUUGUGUGUGUAUUGCGAGUUGUGAGCGCCGCCGAUUUGUAUGGGAGGAUGGUUUGGCUGGGAGAUUUUGUAUGGGAGGCAGAAGAGAGAGAGGCGGAGGAAAACUGUAUGGGGGGAGGACCAGACUGCCCUUUUUACUAUGGGCCGGCUGAUUGAGGGGCUACCAGUGCUUGCACCUGCCUCGCUCUUUUGGCACGUACCCUCUCUGUGCCAUAACAAAAAAAAUGGUCCAGCCUCCGGGGCUCCUGCACCAAAAAAGUGGCCGGCUGAUUGGAUUGUAUGUGAUUUGGGAAGCGACAGCAACACCCACACAGCAGCGCAAGGUACAGUAACAUGGGCUUAUUGUACCACGCCACGCUGUGGGCUGCUACUGUGUACUUACCCGUCUCCCCCCUUCCCAAAAAGACCAGCCCCAGGUUUCCGCCCGGCCAACAUCAACUCCUUUCUGCCCACCCUAUGGAGGAACUCCCAUUUUCCCUUUCAAACCUCGCCCUCCUCCACCCUCUUAACUCGCAGCAGUCUCUUUCACCAGGUGGAAUACCUCUUAGCGGGCCUGGCUUAUGGCAAGCAAUUUCCUAUGAAGCCGACACGCGCAACCAGAUAUCAAAUCCUUUUUAUCUCUUCCAAAAGCAAGCUCAAGCUCGUCACUCGAGGAUCGAGGACCAUAUCUUCUCGCUCCCUGCCUAAUAAUAGCAGCCUGGCCAAGCACCUGUUAUGCUACUUCGUCCAGACACGCUUCCUACACAGUAGCCCCGUCUCGAGUUUGGAGACUCCGUGACCGGAAAUGUACUUCAUUUAUGCACAGCUACUAUGUACUUCCCUGCUCCUUUCGCUCGUACCGAUACAUCCACCAGAUGUACCACGCCACCCACUGCAGUCCCAUCUACCUUGGUAGUUCGUACUUGCACCCUUUCACACAUUUUACUCGGUACCUACCUACCGUACCUCCUAGGGGAGGGAGGUUGGAUCAGAGUGGGAUCCCCAUCAUUCUCUAGUUCCUCUCUGAGACCAGACCAUUCCUUUCUCCUCAAAUCCUUUCCCUUUCACGGUCAGAUUUGCAGAUGCGAGCUACCUCCAUACUCAUUUCCAGUCAUGGCUGGAUCUGUGUCUAAUUAGUGUUUUUUUUUCCGGCUUAAGAG